AUGAAUUAAGAUGAUCACAAUUCCAAUGAACACAAGGUUGAAAAGUAACUCCACUAUUAUGAUUAAGAAUGGCCUCAACAACCACCAUCCUUAUCUCCCAGAUUCACUCCUCAACAGUGUUAUCUGUUCCCUCCUCAAAAUGUGUCGAACUUCAAUCUUCAUGCUGAGCCUGAAUUUCAAGAUAAGAACAAACCCAAAUACCCAUUUCGAAAAUUGUCUGCAGGAGAUGCUCCAGAUGAGGAGGAUCAAUUUCGACAGCCCUACAAUCACUACUAUUAAUAGGCACCCCCUCAAAUGAAAUAUCCUCAAAAUAACCCUUAUAUGCAGAUGAAAUAUCCCGUGCCAUAUCCACCUCCAUGGUAUAGACACCCCUAUCCGCCAUUCUAUUAUCCCCCCUUUGAUUCGUCGUAAUACUAAAACACUCUAUCCAAAGAACUUCAGUCCAAAGUUAACCAGCUUGUGCAAUUUCAAAAGGUCUCUCCCUUUCAAUGCAAUUGCAAGAAAAGCAAAUGCCUCAAAUUAUACUGCGAAUGCUUCGCCAACAAUUGGGUUGUCACUCUUUUUCAUAUUCAUAGGUCUGUUCACAGAGCUGCAAUUGCACCGAAUGCAAAAAUAGAAUCGACAAUCCCAAUGAAAGAUCCAAAGCCAUCGAAGAAGCCUUGCUCAGAAAUCCAGAAGCCUUCUCUACGAUCCUCACCAACAAUGGCUAACAAGCACAAAUCAUCCCAGGUAUCUAAUCACAUUACUACAAGAACCCAAAUCCCAGAAAGAAUAAAGCAAGGAAACCAAGAAAGGCUGCAAUUGCAAGAAAUCAGAAUGCAAAAAGAAAUAUUGUGAAUGCUAUAGUAUUAAUUAAAAAUGUACUGAUUUAUGCAAAUGCGAAAACUGUUUAAACAAAGAGGAACCACUAGACAAACUACCUAAUCCAAAACCAGAUACUCAUCCUCCAGCUCAGUAAUAGUUACAAAAACAGGAAGUUGUCUAAAAAAAAGAUUAGAAGUCUAAAAAAAUCAAAAAGGAAGAAGUUUAAAUUAACAGCAAUACUAAAAAUCAAAAAAAGAAAAAAAAGAAUUGA